AGAUGCUAAUCCACAGAAGCCCUUUGCACAAACAAGAUAGCCUCUAAGCGGGCCGGCUUCUGUUUAGCUAUUUCCAGCUUUAUUUCCAUUCUCUUUCCACUGUAUUUCAAUUCGAAUUAUAAAGUUCGUGUCUGUGUGAACGAUAUGACAAUCGCAAAAAGCGCCAGUUUUUGAAGUGUUCUCCGGCGGGGGGGGGGGGAUGCAGUGGUCCCUUUGUGGCUGUCUGGAACUUAUCGAUAAAAGUGAUCUGGGAGAAACUGGCACGGAAAGCGUUGAACAAGCUGGUGGUAUCUGUCUCUCCGAUAAUGGGAUACAAUAUUCAAUUUUCUGCGACUUUUAGACAUUUUAUAUAGAAAUUAUGCACAUAUGUAUACAUAAGGAAGUUGUCAAUAAAACAACUGUAUGGGUAAGGAAGAUGGAUGCUCACAAGCGGACAUCAUCAUCUAUUAAGACUGCUAAUAAGAGAAGCAACGCCGAUGAAGAAAAUCAGCUGAGAGGAAACGUCGAAUUCGAAAAGCAUGAGGAAACUGUAACCGGAGAUUGGCAGAAGGAGUGGCAAGACAUCUUAUUGUUGCUCUUUCUAUACGUCCUGCAAGGUGUCCCACUCGGCAUUGGAAAUGCAUUUACAAUGUUUCUACAGAAUCACAACGUCUCCUACUCACAGCAAGCUAUUUUCAGCUUUGCGAUCUGGCCAUUCAGCAUCAAGAUUCUAUGGGCUCCGAUAGUGGAUAGUCUUUAUUUUAAAUCCUACGGCAGGCGCAAAUCCUGGCUUGUGCCUACUCAGUAUCUAAUUGGGUUGUUCUUGGCAGUACUUUCAUGCCACCUUAAUGUGUGGUUUGGUGAAAAAAAACACGAACCUGAUAUUGGUCUAUUGACGAUUGUUUUCGCGUCUUUAAGUUUCCUUGGAGCUACUCAAGAUAUCGCUGUCGAUGGAUGGGCCCUGACUAUGUUGUCAAGGCGCAAUGUGGGACACGCCUCAACCUGUAACUCUGUCGGCCAGACAGCGGGCAUGUUUUUGGGCUAUGUCGUGUUUAUGACACUCGAGUCCAAAGACUUCGCGAACACCUACAUCUAUAGCAAACCGCAAGAGACUGGUCUCGUGACUAUGGAGGGUUUCUUACGCUUCUGGGCCGUAGUAUUCUUUAUGACAACAACGUUGGUGGCUCUUCUCAAAACUGAACGAGCAUCUGAAGGAGCCGAGAUGGCUGUAGCUGAAACGUACCGCAUUACCGCGCGAAUUUUUAUGAUGCCGUCUGUUCUCACAGCGGGGGUUUUUCUGUUAACGGCAAAAAUCGGAUUCGGCAUUACGGACGGCGUCACGCAUCUGAAGCUGAUCGAGGCAGGGGUGCCUAAAGAAAAAUUGGCUCUUUUGUCCGUUCCUAUUAUACCACUACAAACGAUACUCCCAUUAUUCUUGUCCCGGUAUAUUACGAGCGACCGACCGCUCGAUGUUUUUGUCAAAGCCUAUAUACCACGCCUGGUCUUGGGUCUAGUAUUCUCAGUUGUAGUAUGGUGGACCUUUUCGUUUGAAGAUACUUUCCCGGCGUACUAUUAUGGCGUCGUUGUUCUGGUGUAUGCGGUCCAUCAGGUCCUCGUAUACAGUUGUUUCGUAGCGUUUAUGGCGUUCUUCGCUCGGGUGUCGGAUCCUGCUCUGGGUGGCACCUACAUGACUUUUCUCAACACUCUUUCUAACCUAGGUGGCAAUUGGCCAACCACUCUAGCGUUUUGGGCACUUGACUACACUACGUACAAAUCUUGUACUAUUGGUGGGCAUAAUUGCUCCGGGCAAGAAGGCCAACAGGAAUGUACCAAUUUAGGAGGACAAUGCAGAACUCUACUGGAUGGCUACUACGUCGUGUCGCUCGUUUCCAUUGUUAUUGGAUUCCUCUGGUUCGCGCUGUUUGGCAAGCGAACAGCUCAGUACCUCCAACGACUUAAGCACGAUGCUUGGGCGGUACCUCGAUGAGAGCUGGUGCAAGCCGUGCAACAAUCUUGUGCGUAUUGUCGAGACUUUGCUCCGCAUUAUGUGAAAUUGGGCGUAAAUAUUGAUACAUGCUAUAUGUUUUAUGCGGGAACUAUCGGCCACGCAAUUUACUCUCCCAAAUGUCAGUAUAUGAUAGGAGAAUAGUCUAGUACUAUAGUACAUUAAAAAGCUGAAAAGAGGAAACUCAAUUUUUUCUCGAUCAAAUUCUUUAUCAGCCCAUCUGCACUCGUACGGAAUAUAGAGCCUUGCCUUGCCUACGGGCUUCCUCAUCAAUUUGCCUUUACUAUUGGCAGGCAACUACUUGUUAUUUCUGGGCUUCAAAACGGCCGGCCUUAUUUCGUUAAAGCAUAACAAGUAAAAACCCGGUGCUAACAGUAUAACGUUUUGAUCUCAUUCGGAGUGAACACACAUUUCCAAUUAGGUUUAGAUAUGUAGAAAUGGGACCAAUAACUGAGAUCAUCGAUUAAGGUGCAUCUCGAUUGUUUCAAUUCAAGCGAUUCGGGGUUGUGGUUUAGUGCUGGCACGUUGAAAUGCAUUACCUAUAGUGCAAGGAUAACCAAAUAAAAAAUUCCUUCUCGAUCUGUUUAUUUGAUUAUAUUACGUUUUGAUUGGAAUAUUUUUGCAAAUUUCGGUAUGUUUGCUCCUUAUCUAGGCAGUGUUUAGCCGAUAAGAAUGAUUAGGCUAUACACUAACAUAAUAAUAUACAAGAGAAAAGACUGGCAAUAAUGAACAUAGUUUAUGUCAAUCCAGUAACUAAAUAUUGAAUAUGGUAUAAUACUGGCCGAUACUCGUCAAUCAUCGUUUUCUAAAUCCAUGUACGAUAUGUGCAAAUUUAGGUAUUGGAAAUCGAGUUGCGUUUAGCGAAACUACUGUAUUAGGUAUGAGCGUGCAUGUCACUUGGUUCACUUAAAAACUGUUAAAAAUCAUGUCCUACCAAAUCUAAAAUGGUAAUAUCAGCUUAACAUGAGAGCGAUGAAAACUUUCAUCUAUAAUGCAAGGAAAUGUAGGGCUGGGUAUUCUUAAGUAUCGACGGAUAAUAAUUCACGUGGUAUUUAGUAGUGUUCCUAAAAUUAAGAGGGACGCGGCAUUAGAAGAACCUUACUGUGCAAUGACCGUAAUAUAUACACAGUGACGAAUCUAGACGGUCGUAAAUGUUUUAUAUAAAAAAUUCAUUCCAUGGAUCAGUAGAUGUCACGUGCCGAUGAGAUACGUGGGUCAGGAUACGCACUGACUAAAUUUACAAGAAUAGGGUUUUCAAGUAUUUUUUACGACUACGAGAUUUGCUGUUAUAAGUACGUUUAACUAAUGGGACGAAAAAAUAAGGAAUAAUAAAUGUUUCUACAAGCGCAGAAUAAAUACAACUCGUAAUUAGA